AUGGAGGCACCGGACACUGUCAGGCAAAGUGCGGGCCUGCCCUCGAUAAACCACAUGGACUCCAACAGGUUCAAGCAAGAAGAGCACGACUACCAGCGAAAACUCUCGAAUCCCACCAUGGCUAACCCGUUGCAUCCUUAUCCGGGGCCGUCGCAUUCGCACACCCAACACCAAUCGCCGCCUGCCAACGCACUACCCGGUUCGCUUGCUGGUCUUUUAUCGCCGCCGGAUUCACGCAGGACAUCUGGCGACGACAAAGAUGUCCACAGGCCGGCACCACGACAGUCGCUGCCGUCGAUAUCGGAAGCGCUGGGAGCAGAACAGUCGCUGCCAUACCCCGGGCCUGUCCCACCUCCACCCUCUGUUGCGGCAUCAACCCCUCAGCAUUACCUACCGGCCUCCACAAACCCAUCGCCCUCGGAUCCACGCAAGCGGCCAUUCGAGCCUGAUUCUUAUAAUGCUCAAGGACCGGUCAAUCCCUUCUUGCACCCUCGCAGUCCUUUCAUCAGCACAUCUACUUCCCAGGUGCCAGCUCCACCACCACCACCACCCCAGGGUCAACCGGACUCGAUGUCUCGACCGUCAUUUGAUCCACGCCAACCACACUUGGCGCCGCAACACAACUCGAGACUACCGUCACUACAUCCUAUCAAGACCGCGCAAUCACCUCCACCAUCUGCUGUGCGACCAAACCCACCGUACUCCUCGUACCCUCCAGCACCGUCCUCGGCUUACGAACCUCCUGCCGCCCAGCUCGCUGAACCUAUGAACCACCAGUAUGGCUACCCACCUUAUGCAUCCUAUCCCUUGUCGGCAUCUGCACCUACGGCAUACCCUCCUCCGGCAUCAACCUACUCUGCACCAUCUCGCUACUACCCCACGUCGCUGCGCGACAAUACCGAGGCACGCAUGGAAGAGAAGAAGCUCAACCGUGCUAGUCUGGCACCCUACGGCGAGUCCGUCAAACGUCAUCUAGACAGUUUCGACCUGGAAGCUUCUUUGAACGAGAUGGCUGAUGGAUGUGGACGCAUCUCCGAGUUCUCCAAGGUCUACCGCCAAAGGGCACAUGAGGACCAGCGUAUUGGCAUGACACCACAAUCGAUACCAAGAUUGGAAGACAUUGAGGACAUGAUCAAACAAGGCGAAAGAGUUCAGAUGUCGCUCCAACGCAUGAGAGAUGUUGUCUUCAACCACCACCAAGCCACUAUUGCCGAACCACCUCGAGAAGCUCACUACCGACGUGCCAAUGGUUACGAACAUGACACGUCGAGCAGUUAUGGCGACGACAUGAAGAGCGGCGGCGGAUUUGCUGGAGCGGAUAACAAGACACGAAAGCGAGGCCGAGCUGCUCCUCCCGGACGAUGCCAUAGCUGCAACCGUGCUGAGACACCGGAGUGGCGGAGAGGCCCCGAUGGCGCUCGAACCCUGUGCAAUGCCUGCGGUCUUCAUUACGCGAAAUUGACCAGGAAAAUUGGCAAAGAUGCCAUGACUAGCUCUAACCUCCGACCGAAAUCGAUCGAUCAUGGUUCUCCUGCAAUCUGA